AUGGGACAGACAGUUUCAACUCCCUUGGAUCUGACUCUGAGACAUUGGACUGAUGUAAAAACUAGAGCUCAUAAACUCUCUGUGCUAGUCAACAAAAGCAAAUGGGUAACACUUUGUUCAUCAGAGUGGCCAACUUUCCAACUUGGGUGGCCCACUGAAGGUUCUUUUUCCCUGCCGCUGAUUGUGGCAGUUAAAAGCAGGAUUUUUGGUUCCUCCUCCAAAAGUCAUCCUGACCAGGUCCCGUACAUUGUUGUGUAAGAAGACUUGGUCACAGACCCACCUUCGUGGGUUCAACCCUUCCUCCCUUUAACAGGUCCAACGGCAGUGUUUGCCCUCAAAGAAGACAAAGAAAAACCUCCUGUAUUGCAGGAUGCAAAUUCAGAUCCUCCUCUUGGAUUCCCCUCCCCCUUACCCCCCAACCCUUCGUCCACAGGCCGUGCAGCUGUCAGCCCGCCAGCUGAGGUGCAAAGCUCCGGACCAGCACAAGGAACUCUCAGUCGGUGGGCAGGCUCUCCAGAUGCUGUCCCCACGUUCCCUCUUAGGGUGUAUGGCCUCCCUGAUGAGGAAGGCAAUCAGCCCCUGCAGUAUUGGCCUUUCUCCUCCUCUGAUCUUUACAAUUGGAGAUCUCAGAAUCCUCCCUUUUCUGAAAACUCCUAGGGACUCACUAACAUUGUAGAAUCCCUCCUUUUCACCCAUCAGCCCACUUGGGAUGAUUGUCAGCAGCUCCUCCAGGUCCUGUUUACCACUGAAAAAAAGCAACAGAUCCUCCUGGAAAGCCAGAAACAUGUUCCAGGGCCUGACGGGAGGCCCACCCUCCUCCCUGAUGUCAUCGAUGCUGGGUUCCCUCUGGCUCGGCCUAACUGGGAUUUCAACUUGGCAAAAGUUAGGGAGCACCUGAAAGUUUAUCGCCAGGCUCUAAUGGCAGGUCUCCGUGGGGCAGCUAAACGCCCCACCAAUUUGGCUAAGGUAAAGAAAGUAUCCCAGGGGCCCAAUGAGUCUCCAUCAGCAUUUCUAGAGAGACUCAUGGAGGAAUUCUGUUGGUUUACUCCCUAUGAUCCUAGCAGUGAAGAACAUAAGGCUGCAGUAACAGUUGCCUUCAUUAAUCAGUCCAGUAAGGACAUUAAAAAAAAAUUACAGAAGCUAGAAGUGUUACAAGAUAAAACCCUGAGAGAGUUAGUACAAAGAGCUGAAAAGGUUUAUUACAACAGAGAGUCAGAAAAAAAAAGUUUUCACAAAAUUCUGGCCACUGUAGCUAAAAAGACUAAAGAACCUAUUGAGACAGCACCUGGCGACAAAAAGGAGUCCCUAGCAAAAGACCACUGUGCCUAUUACAAGGAGAAAAGACACUGGGUCCAGAAUUGCCCCAAGAGGGGGAACAAAAAGCCCCAGGCCCCCAAGGUCCUAGCCCUGCAAAAAGACAGUGACUAGGGGGGACGGGGUUUGGACCCCCUCACCAAAACCAGGAUAACAUUAAUGGUAGAGGGGAAACCUACCCAGUUCAUGCUGGACACAGGAGCUGAACACUCAGCACUUUGACAAACAGGAGGGCCCCUCCUCCCCAAAAAAUCAUGGGUACAAGGGGCCACUGAAAAUAAACAAUAUUCAUGGACCACCCGAAGAACGGUAGAUCUUGGCGUGGGCCGGGUAUCCCACUCGUUCAUUGUCAUUCCGGAGUGCCCUUAUCCACUGUUAGGAAGAGAUCUCCUGACCAAGAUGGGUGCCCAAAUUCAUUUUAGUCCUGAGGGAUCUCAAGUGUUAAAUCAACAGAGAAAACCUCUCCAAGUACUGACUCUAAGACUAGAGGAUGAGUACCAGCUGUUUGAACAGCAAAAACAAGAGACCGGGCAAACAAACUGGUGGCUAAGCCAAUAUCCACAGGCAUGGGCUGAGACAGCGGGAAUUGGAAAGGCUAAAAACAGACCCCCUGUCUACAUAGAGCUAAAAGCUCAAGCCAGUCCCAUAGCAGUCCGGCAGUACCCAAUGUCCCGGGAGGCACGAGAAGGCAUCAAGCCCCACAUCAUGCACUUGCUCCAGCUGGGGGUCUUACGGAAGUGCCAAUCUGCUUGGAACACUCCCUUGCUGCCGGUCCGCAAGCCCGGUACAAACGACUACUGGCCAGUCCAAGAUCUCCGAGAAGUAAAUAAGCGUGUGGCCGAUCUCCAUGCCACCGUUCCUAAUCCUUACAAUCUCUUAAGUUCUUUACCUCCAGACAGGGCCUGGUACACAGCACUAGAUCUCAAAGAUACAUUCUUCUGCUUGCCGUUGGCUCCAAAGAGUCAAGAUUGCUUCGCCUUUGAGUGGAGAGACGCAGAGGCUAGUCUGAUGGGACAACUCACCUGGACCCAUUUGCCUCAAGGAUUUAAAAAUUCUCCUACUGUAUUUGAUGAGGCCCUCCACCAGGACUUGGUCAUGUUCUGGGCCUCCAACCCUCAGGUAACUCUGUUACAGUAUGUUGAUGAUCUCCUCCUAGCAGCAGCUGACAAGAAUAUAUGCCUGGAAGGAACGAAGUGUCUCCUAACAGAGCUGGGAGAACUGGGCUACCGAGCCUCCGCCAAGAAGGCCCAAAUCUGUAAACAACAGGUUAGUUACCUGGGGUACCUUCUCAAAGAUGGGAAAAGGUGGUUGUCAGAGGCCAGGAAAGAAACAGUGUUUCACCUACCGCCACCCUCUAACCAGAGGCAAGUCAGAGAAUUUCUGGGCACUGCUGGGUUUUGUCGCCUGUGGAUACCCGGUUUUGCUGAAAUGGCAGCCCCCUUAUAUCCCCUCACUAAAACCUGCCAGCCCUUCAGAUAAGAAGAGAAAGAACAGCAGGCGUUUAAUAAUAUCAAAACAGCCUUAAUGUCUGCACCAGCCUUGGGACUUCCUGACGUAACCAAACCCUUCCACCUGUAUGUGGCAGAAAACAGGGGGAUUGCAAAGGGGGUGCUAUCCCAAAGACAGGGACCUUGGAACAGACCAGUGGCCUAUCUAUCCAAAAAGCUAGACCCAGUUGCCUCAGGGUGGCCAGCUUGCCUGAGGAUCAUGGCUGCAGUUGCAAUUCUAGUAAAAGAUGCUGAUAAAUUGACUAUGGGACAAAACUUGGUAAUCUCAGCACCUCAUGCCUUAGAAAAUGUUGUCUGCCAGCCUCCUGACCGCUGGCUCUCCAACGCGCGCAUGACUCAUUAUCAGACUUUGUUAUUAAACCCAGAUCAAAUAACCUUUGCUCCACCAACAAGCCUAAAUUUAGCCUCGCUGAUGCCGGACCCAGACCUCAACUUGCCCAUCCAUGAUUGCCAACAAAUGCUUGCAGAAGCCCACGGGUGGAGAAAAGACUUGUCAGAUCAGCCUCUACCAGACGCUGAGGCCACUUGGUUCACAGAUAGCAGCAGCUUCCUGGAAAAUGAAAAGCAGAAAGCCGGGGCAGCAGUGGUAGAUGGCCAGAAACUGGUAUGGGCUCAGGCUUUGCCUGCCGGGACAUCUGCCCAGAAAGCGGAACUCAUCGCUCUCACAAAAGCCCUGGAACUAAGAAAACAUAAAAAGAUCAACAUCUACACGGACAGCAGGUAUGCCUUUGCCACUGCCCAUGUGCACGGUGCAAUAUAUAAACAGCGAGGUCUUUUGACUUCAAAAAAAAAAAUUAAAAACAAGGCAGAAAUUAUAGCCCUGUUGGAGGCCCUCCUCGGACCACUAAAAGUGAGUAUCAUACACUGCCCAGGGCACCAAAAAGGAAAUUCCCCAAUUGCAAAGGGAAACAACCUGGCCGACUCUGAGGCAAGAGCAGCCGCCGCAGGUCCUCGGCUAUUACUGGUGAGUGUCCCUGAGCCAGAAGGACCCAAAUGUCAACCAUUAUUUUGGUAUUCAGCUGAGGACAUAACAGAAAUGUCCAAAGACCCCAGUAAUUGUUCCGACCCAAGCACUGGCCUGGCGUACAGCCACAAAUUUAUUUUGCCACAGAAACAAGAACAGGCCAUGCUUAAGCAGAUGCAUCAGUGGACCCACCUGAGGACAGAUAAGAUGAUUCAGACUGUUAAAAAGACUGAAUACCAUAUCCUAGGGCUUAGACAACAGGUUAAGCAAAUAGUCAAAAAUUGUAAACCUCGCCAAAAAGUAAAUGUAUGCAAGAGCGCCACUGAACCUGGCAAAAGACCUAGGGGAGACCGACCAGGGCUAUACUGGGAAGUAGAUUUUACUAAAAUCAAGCCUGGUAAAUAUGGUUAUAAGUAUCUCCUAGUCUUUGUAGACACCUUUUCAGGAUGGGUGAAAGCAUUCCCAACAAAACAAGAGACUGCCACUGUUGUGGUCAAGAAAAUCCUGGAGGAGAUCUUCCCACGUUUCGGAGUGCCUAAGGUAAUCGGAUCUGACAAUGGGCCUGCCUUCAUCGCCCAGGUAAGUCAGAGAGUGGCCAGAUUCAUGGGGACCUCUUAAAAAUUACAUUGUGCAUAUAGGCCCCAGAGUUCAGGGCAGGUAAAAAGGAUGAAUAAAACUCUAAAAGAGACCCUGACCAAAUUAACCAUGGAGACUGGCACAAACUGGGUGAUGCUCCUCCCUCUGGCCUUAUUUAGGGUCAGGAAUACCCCCUCCCAGCUCAACCUAACCCCCUUUGAAAUGUUCUAUGGUGCCCCAGCACCCUUAACCUUGCUGGGGGACACGUUUGCCCCUACAACUUUUGGGUUCCAGUCUGCAUGCCACCGUAACCAUGAUUUAUAUGCUAGGUUAAAAGGGCUGCAAGAAGUGCAGAAGGCUGUCUGACGCCUGGACAUCUCUCACCGGUUCCAGGUCGGAGACUCUGUCUACAUGAGGCGCCACCAACCCCACUCGCUGGAGCCUCGCUGGAAAGGACCUUACCUAGUGCUCCUGACAACCCUGACAGCUGUCAAGGUGGACAGGAUUUCUACCUAGAGCCACACCUCACACGUAAAGCCAGUGCAACCCGGAGACCACAACACAGACGACGGCACCACCUGGAAAGUCCACACUUCUAAGGACAAUCCCUUACAGUUAAAAAUCACCUGGUCACGCGGAAAACUGUAA